AUUCACAUAUUAUUUAAUAAAUUAUUAUAAAUAUAAAAUUAAGUGAAAAGUAAAAAUAAAGAGAAGAUAUAAAAACAAAACGGUAUAUGCAAUGUUUUUAAAGGUUUACAUGAAAAUCUUUAUUAUUUCAUUUUUAAUAUUCUAUGUUAAAGGAAUUCCAUUACAAGAUGAUUUAAUACAUGCACAUCAUGGAUCAUUAUAUGAAAAUAUAAAUUAUGCUCAUCAAAUUGAUAAUCAACCAAUUAUUGAUAAUAAAUUUAAGAAUUCAAAUUUUCUAACAACACAAUUAGGAUCUGAAGAAAAUUUUGGAGAAUUACAUAAACAGAAAUCAAUUUCACCCGAUACAUACAAUUUAGAUCAAGUCAUACCAAAUUUGGAUGCAAGUAAAUUAAUUGGAAUCGCAAAUAAAUAUAAAGCAGAUAAUUUAUAUACUCUUGCAUUACCAAAAAUUAAUUAUGGUCGGCCAAGACAUUAUUUUGUAUUUCGAGAUAAUGAUGAAACACAUCAUGAACUUCAACCGCAUCGUUUUAGUAAUUUGGCAAUUAAAUCUCAUAUGAAUUCAAAUGAUGAAGAUGAUUUAUCUGAUUUAAAACAUCAUGAAGAUUUAAAAAAUAUUGUUAAAUCAUAUCCAGAACUAUUUGAAACGGUUACAUUAAAAAAUUUUCUAGAUCAACCAAAAAUUAAAUUUAUUAAACCAACAUUUUCAAAUUUAGAUAAUGGUGGAAAAAUAUUUAGUAGAGAUGUUAAAAAUAAAUUUUUACGUUCCACAGAUGUUUCACAUGUUAAAUUCAGUGGAAUGGGUACAAGUUAUGAAUUUUAAAUGAUGUAAUCAUUUUGUAUUGAAUAAGAAACUAAAUUAAUUAAAUUGAAAUUAUUUUAAGUUGUACUAAAAAUAAAAUUAAAAAAAAACAUAAAAAAAACUUGUUACAUUUUUU